CAAGCCGCUCCGUCGGAUCAGAUGAAAAGGAUCCACCUUCAAAAAGCAUUCUAGCUAAUCGUCUCGCGGGGGAGGCGGGCUUUAUGCAAAUGUAUUGGCAAGGGAGACGCAGCGGUUCAUUCAUCUUCUUCCAGAGAGAGGUGAGUUAACACGAAGGUUAUUUUACAUGAGGGAGGAACUGUUUUGGACCAAAACACUGCCGUGAGAAUAGCUGAAAAGCAAAGAAGAGGCUUCUGUUUUACAGCUGUAAGGAGCUUAUUCUUCUUCCAAACAUUACAGGAGAGGUGAAGCAUCAUGGGGAAACACAACAGCAAGCUGGCUCCGGAGGUCCUGGAUGACCUGACCAAGAACACUGAAUUCAACGAGGCAGAGCUCAAGCAGUGGUACAAAGGCUUCCUCAAAGACUGUCCCUCUGGCAUCCUCAACCUGGAGGAGUUUCAGCAGCUCUAUGUUAAGUUUUUCCCAUAUGGUGAUGCCUCCAAGUUCGCCCAGCAUGCAUUUCGGACAUUUGACAAGAACGGCGACGGGACCAUCGACUUCAGGGAGUUCAUCUGCGCCCUGUCCAUCACCUCCAGGGGCAGCUUUGAGCAGAAACUCAACUGGGCCUUCAACAUGUAUGAUCUGGACGGGGAUGGAAAGAUCACACGCAUGGAGAUGCUGGAGAUCAUCGAGGCCAUCUACAAGAUGGUGGGCACUGUGAUCAUGAUGCGUAUGAACGAGGACGGGCUGACCCCGCAGCAGCGUGUGGACAAGAUCUUCUCCAAGAUGGACAAGGACCACAAUGAUGAGAUCUCCCUGGAAGAGUUUAAAGAAGCUGCCAAGUCUGACCCCUCCAUUGUCCUUCUGCUGCAGUGUGACAUGCAGAAGUAGAGAGAGGGAUGGGUGGAAAACAGAGGGAGGGAGGGAGGGAGGAAGGUAGGGACGGGAAAAGAGUUGAACUGAAACAAGGGAUAGAAGGAGGAUGAGAGAACAGAGGGCUGGGGAAGAAAUGGGAGGGAUUUAGUUUGGGGAGGAGGAGGAGGUAGGGAAGCCAUGUUUGGAACACAGUGGACCUCUGAUUGAUGCCAUUCUCUUCUUCCAGACCGUCCCGCUGUGAAGUUCACUUCUGCAGCACUUCUGUUUCAGUCUAGCUGGGUGUCUUUACAAAUCCAAUCUGAUGAUGUGUGAAAAGCGGACAUUCCUCCAGCCCCUUUGGCACAGACCUAAGAAAUAUUGUAGGGAUUUACAAAGGCAGAAGUAGAAGUGUCACUCACAUUUUGACACUGUCAGUAUCCAUGCCUAGCAUGUGAGAUUACAAGACUAUCUUUUUAGUACACUUGCACAUUGUAUAAUUGCAAAGCAGGUUGCUUCCAAAUGAUGUAAGCAUGUCUGCACCAUCUGGUUUUACCACUUCAUUAUUGUCCCAAAUGACACUUUCAACUACCUUUAUAAAGGAAUAGUUUGUUGUUUUGGAAAAUACGCUUAUUCCCUUGAGAGUUACAUGACAAGAUUGAUACCAACACCUCUAAAACUCACUAAUUGCUGUUGUUUAAUCCGUACAAAGACUGAAGUGUAAAAAUGACAAGUUGCUGCUUUACAGGGGGUUUGUGGAAUCUUCGCUGGUUGCCUGGCAAGCUCAAAGUGAUGACAAGACUUGAGGAAGUCACUGCUCCCGGCCAAAAUACAGUCUCAUUACUUCUGGUCUAACUGCAACUUGUCGUUUUUACACUUCUAAUUUUCUUUUUCCUUUGGACAGAACCAGGCUAGCUGUUUCCCCCUGUUUCCAGUCUUUAUGCUAAGCUAAGCUAAUCGUAUCCUGUUCUCAGCUUCAUAUUUACCAUACAGUUAUGAGAAUGAUAUUGAUCUUUUCAUCUAACUCUUGUCGAUAAAGCAAAUAAACAUAAUUCCCAAAAUAUCAAACUUUUCAUUUAAUGUCUUAUUCUUGUGUAAACUCUGGCACCCAGAAUGCCAAUUUCGAAACACACCUAGUGUUUGGAUGCUGUGCACCAUGGGAUAGUUUGAAAAAAGGAAUGGCAUUAAAUCAACAAACGGCCUGUUGUUUGGUCCACAUGGUCCAUCUAGAGGGACAAGAGAGAAGCAAAUGUUAUGCUGAUUGAGAGAGAACUGUGUAAAUGAACAAUACCAUGAGCUGUGUGUGAGUAUGUGUUCUGGUGUCCAUAUGUGUGUGAGUGUUAAUGUGAGAUUGUUAAUGGACAUUUUACUGCGCAAAAUACACUUACUGAACCCAGAUCAAACCGCCCCCUCUGUGUGUUUGUGUGUGUGCAGUUGCAUACAUUAGUUCCUCAACAGCCAAAUGCACAACCAGUUAUAUGGCACUUCCGAUAGAUUACAGCACGGUGUCCACACACGUUACACUCUAAGUAUGAGGCAGGCAGGUGAUGAAUGUCUCAGAUGGCUGCCUCCAGCAGCAUGGUGAAGAAUACUGAUGCGCUGCUCAGUGACUUCUGGCUGCCCCUAAAACUUUCCCACACAUGCUAACAAAAUCAAUAUCUUUUAAAAAAUGAUUACAUGUGGUUUAUUAAAAGGACAUGUAAUUAGGUUAGAAUAAAGCUUCGUCGUCCACAUAAUGUAAUGUGGGCUUUCUCCAGCAGGUGAACCUGUUCUCUGCAUGGCUCUCUUUAUGAUUGUUUUAGGUUUAUUUGAAUGCCAGCUACAGCUUCAGUGGGCUGAGGCAGCAGGAAAUGUGAAAUUUGACACUUUUGAUUUUGACAUGUUCACGUUUAUAGUUCACAAUUUUGAACUAAGUUCACAGUACCAAAAAAUUAACUAGUUUACGUUAUUUUUUUUUCCUUUACAAAACGCAGAGUUUGACUUGGGUGGAGGAACUUUGCAGCUGUUGGCUUGUCUUACCCUUUGUUAAUGAUUCUUUUAGCGUGUUCAUGUACAACACUGACUAAUAGUUCAAUAAUAGUAUAUAACAAUAAUUAUUACUAGAAGACGAAUGACAUGGAAUCACGUCAGCUUGUCAUAAUUAAAGCCAGUGUGUGGAUUUUUUAUGUGAUUAUAUCUUCAAAUUCUUCUGCUGUUUGCAGAAAAAAAAGUAUUUGAAAACUGGCACUGACUUUAAGUUAUUAAAUUGCUACAUUAUUUCAUUAUUACAGCUGGUAUACUGUAUGUGCAUCGGCUACGUUUUAACUGUCUCAGCACCGAAAAAAAAAAUCAGCUUUGUGUUCUUCAUUGUAAAGUAAAGCCGUGAGCUUGGGCAGCAAAACUGAACUAACUCUGGAAAUCGUGUUGACAGUCUGACAUAUAUGUGAUUUAAGCAGAAUCAGAAAUGGGGAAAACAUAUGGAAUAAUAUGAAACAUAAUCUUGCUUCUCUGAGACCAGCAAUUUGAGCACCAGAAAGAGCCACUAGAGCAGUGUGGAGUGGGGAUAAUCAGGACAAUAAUUACAGGCCGUAUGACAGAAACGGUAUUUCUCGGAAAGGCCAAACCUGCCUCCAUGAUUCAUUGUUGUUUCACAUGAAAAGCUGAAAUAGCUGUCUCUCCUCUUCCUCUCCCACUGUCCUGCUCCCCCCCCUUUUGUCUUCUUCCUCCCUAAAUGUCAGAGAGGAAGUGCUUUGAUAAUAGGUGGAGGGAGAGGAACUUUGCUGAACUCAGCUCAGAUCUAAAAUCAAUUCAAAAAAGAGCAAAAGGUUGAAGAGGAAGCUUAGGUGUUGUGUGAUUGUAUGUGUGCUCACCUGCUUGUGAAUGUGAGUAAUAGCAGAUAAGUGUAGGCCUACAUUAAAUUGAAAGAAGCCAGUAAUUCCAAACUUGUACCUCAUAGUCACAACAUCUAUAUAUUCGAGUGGAUCAGCUUUAAAAAUCAGGGUGAACAAAUGGAUGGCCACAGGAUUUUUCUAAACAGAUAAAAUAUUUUCCUUUGUUCAACAUCUAGUCUACAAGCAAGGGACAACAGCUAGCUCGGUGUUUGCAGGGAUUGAACAAAAAAUAUAUAACUUGUUAAUUAGUGAUUUAGAGGUGCUGGUUGGACAGAGCAAAGCUAGCUAGCUUUCCCCCCUGCCUUCAGUCUUUGUGCUUACCAAGCUAAGCUAACUGUCUCCUGGCUUUAGCUUCAUAUUUAUCGUACACAGAUUUUUUUUUAUCAAUCUUCUCAUCUAACUCUCAGCAAGAUAGUGAAUAAGCAUAUUUCCCAAAAUGUCAAACUAUUAUUAUGACUAUUAGUUAUUGUGGAUGUUCAUGUUCAUGUCAAUCUUGAAAGCUAACAGAAAAAACUGUAAUACACCCAGUAUUGGCUAAAAAGUCAUAUUCAUAUAAGAUAUGAAGGAGAAAUUAUAAGUGAGAGAAAGAAUCACUAGGUGUAUCACUAGUGCUAGGAGAAUAUGGCUAAGGUUACAGUAAAACAGGUUACAUAAUCAUGCACUGUCAGUUGGUAAAGCCCUAACGACAGCUAUAUUUCCUUUCCUCUUUAUUCUAGGAAAAAAGGAUUUAGGAAAGGAGGCAGUGAAGCACCUUUUCUUUGUGCUUGAGUAUUUAGCACCUCCGUUAGCAUUAUUAAAAUUCAACAAGUUGCUAGAUGCCUCUACGUCACUUACCUCAGUGAGGAACCCCACUACUCUAAGACUUUACUGUAUCUCAUGAGUUUUGCAUCAGGAAUUCUGACUCAUUGAGUCAGAGCAUUGCCUUUUUCCUUGUGGAUCACUCAAAAAAAAAUCAGAUUUUCUGCCAUUUCCGCACAGCAGUAAAAACAUUUGACUUCUCUCCUGUCAGCGAAUCAGAUUGUCUCCUUCUUCUCACCCAGCCGAUGAAGCCUCCCUGAAGCUAAAGAACGAGCCUCCUUUGUGCGAUAAUGUAAUGAUAAAACUCCAUGUACAUUAUGAUACGACUGUAAUCGUAUUUAUGAAUAUAAACAAAUAUAUAAAUGUAAAUGUACCACUAGCUUAGACCUAAUUUCAUAUGAUGACACAGCUACUGUGUGUGUGGGUAUGUGUGUGUGUGUGUGUGUGUGUGUGUGAGAGAGAGCGUGAUAGAGUGAGCCUGAGUAAUAACUGUGAGUGCUUGUGAAAGCUCAGUGUGUGUUGUAUGUCGGGACACUUUUGCAAGUGUUCCCAUGUGUUUUGUAUUUGUAUCAUUUGUGUAACAAGAGAUGCCUCAGUCUAGUUUAACUUUGUAAAAAUUUGAGUGUAAACCGUCACACCGAAGCACUGAGUGUUAUUACCCACACCUACACUUGCUUUUGUGGUCCGCUGGUAUACGGUAUGUACUGUCUCCAAUAUGGGACGUGUCGUUUUGUUUGCUGUAGCCUACUGUUGCAGUUCUACAAGUAAUACUCACAUAUAGAUGUUAGGUUUCACCAAAUGGCAGAGCUGACGGGUCAGUAGCCAGCGGGCGGUCUUUCUGAAAUGGAGGUUGUUGAGAAGUUGUUGGCAGGAGAAGCCUGAGGUGUGAGGAGAGGGGCGUCAGUGAUUUAAAAAAAAAAACUGUCCUGUGUCACAGUGUCACCCAGUGGAUAGAGGUAUAAUGUCACACCUCACAACAACUCAACUACUGUACAGCUCCCCUUUGAUUAUUAUGUAAUGAACAUGCCUCAUGAUCAAAACUGACAGUGUUACAUGAUGUAAACAACUUGAUUAGUCCUUAUUCCGUCUUGUGUUUCUCAAAGGAAAUGUAGAAAGUGGAGUGAGAUAAUUUCACCUUUUUUCAAGAUAAAUUGGAUUGGAUUUUUAUUAUUAUUAUUAUUAUUUUUUUUUUUUUAGCUUGUUUCAUGGAUUUUCUUGAAUGAGUAACAUUGUGACAUCAGCUAGAAGUUUACGUAAAGGAGGCGGAAAUCAAGACAAACAUAAGUGAAACAAAUUGAUGAGGAGGCUGAGCCUUUUCAGAAAUGAAAUUGCUUUUAUGGAAUGGAGGUCUCUUAUGUGAAAGUGAAAUUAAGCAAGAACAGUGUGUGGAAGUAAAACACAAAAGGCUUUGAUGUGGUUGACAUCUUGGUUGCUUACAACAAACAGUUUUAUGCAGGUUUUGUUAAAGCUGCACUAAUAAUAUUUUUUUGUAACAAUUUAUCAAAUGACUGUAUGCGGGGUAUGUAAGUAGCCCCCCCCCCCAUAAAAAAAUUAAUGCAGCUUUAAAGCCCCUAUACAGUAUGUAGGAUUUGAAAAUGUCUUACUUUGGUGACUCAAAAAAGUAUAAAAAAAGACUUUAUUGGGAUUGUCAGCCCUCAUAAAUACAUAUAUAAUCAUAAAAGGUCUACAGCUAGGAGCUUUAAUGUAUUUGUCACUUUGUUUAAGUUAGAAUAUCUCACUCUACUGGCAGAUGUUUUGUACCUAUUUUAAGAAAAACAAAGACCUAAGAUUAAGGUUGACACUACCAGAAUGAAGGUCUUGCAAAUUGUUUCCAGUGUACAAAUAGUCACCCAUACAGCCCCGUGUGUUUUGUUACUUCUUGUUUUGACUCACUAUAUUAUUGUCAUAGGCUUGGUUAAUCAUCCUAUUUCACGUUGAGCAGUAUGCAGUAUUUUUGUUUAAUUGGAACAGAUUGGCUCACAAAGUGGCUUCACUAUGUGUUGAGCUCCGCACUCCUCUGCUUAUUACAUUCUGUCCAUCCUAAUUAGCACCGGUUCAGAGCGAGAGAGCCACUUUCACUUUCCUUCCCAAGACUGCAGACACAAAUGGUUUUACUUUUGUUGUUUUGUUGCUUUCACAUCUGAUGUUUUUCGUGCAGUAUCCAAUUCAAAACUACUUCAACAAAAUUUUACAUUUACUCUGUAGAUUUUAUGUGCCAAAGAUGGGAUCGUGUCAUGUGAGGAAACUGAAAUAUGAUUGCUGAGGUUGUAUCAGGUGGAACUAAACAUGUAGUGAUGCUGUAUUGAUCACAUGUGAUGCAUUUCGUCAGCUGUCAGUCUUCAGAAAGCUCUGGACAGACGCAGUGAGCUGUGUGACAUGAAUAUCGACAUGGAUAUUCUAGGUUUUUUUUGACAAGGGAUCAUUUGUGCUCGGUUGUACAAUAAUUCUAUUCUUCAGCAUUUCUCUAUGAUGUUCAUGUAAAUGUCUAUUUGUCCCGCUUGAUGAUUUUGCUUUUCUUUUCUUUUUGUUUUCAAUAUUGUUAGGCUCCUAGAACAAAGACAAUGUAAUUAUUUUUGUUACAUAGAAUAAAAUACAUGAAUGUCGAGAGUAAA